AUGUAUAGGUAUCACAACAUUUCAUACAUUUCAUCUUUAGACAGCCUGAAGUCUAUUCUUCAUGUCAGUUUACAAGAACUUCUGUGGUAUAAGGUUUUUAAUCGGAGCUUGUACAAUAUGAUUAAUUUCCAGAGAAAAUGGAAACUGCAGUUGAAGCGGCUGUCAGAUGAAUUUAUGGUGAUAUGCAAUGAAUUCCAUAAUACACAGAAAAUUAUAAGAGAAAAGAAAAAGAACCAAAUUACAUCAGGCUCAGAUACAGAAGGGCAAUACUCAGAGCCAAGAUUAGAACAUGAAAAUGAUGUGGAAGAUGAACAGAUCCGAUUGCAGGAAUGGGAACUGAAACUCCAUUUUGUAGAGGAACAAGAACAAGAAGUUCAAAAACUACAGGAAGACAUACUGGUCAUCAAUCAACUUAUGAGAGAAAUUUCCUCAUUGAUUAAUGAACAAAGUGAGAAUGUUGACAACAUUGAAGCCAAUGUGGAAGAAACCACCAUACGUGUUAUUGAAGGAACAGAACAGUUACAGCAAGCAGCCAUUCACAAGCAUUGGAUAUACUUAAUCGCCUCAACUGUCACUGCAAGGAAGUCAGUGAAGGGUCUCUUGUAG